UUAAAAAGGUUAAAGGUCCGCCCAUAAUUAUUGAAAAUUAAUCUUUGAUUUGGACUCAUGAAGGAAAUUUUGAAAAGAAACCUUAGUUUCCAAGACUUAAAUGAAGAACUUAUGUUCUAAGUUGCUCAACAGCUCCCCUCCGAAAGAUCUCUAAGGUAGGCAAUUGUUUUCUAAUUGUUUUUUCUUAUGGUUUUUGUGAUUCUACUAUGGAUUGCUAAUGAAGAUCUGCUAUGGAUUGCUAAUGAACUGUAGAAAGAUGAAUUUUAAAAACUUCAGAACAUUCAUUUUCAUAUUUUUGAACUUCAUAAUUCGAAAAAUAUUCCAACGAAUUCUCUUUUUUGUUUUCUGGGAAUUAUUUUCUUGGUAAGAAGGAUAUACAGUAGGAAAUGUGUGUCUGUGGUGUGGCUAAGAAAAUAAUAUCUUAAAGAUACAAACAAAACUUGCCACCUUAUCUACAUGUAUUACAAGGCGAAUAAUAAAAGAGAUGCACAAAUGAAUACUAAAAAGAAAUAAAACAUUAGAAGUAGAAGAAGAAGAAAGAAGCAAGAAGAUGAGAGCUCUCUUGUGCUCACACCACUCACCACCAUUAUCAUUUCUCUCAAGAACAAUUCUCAAAAGCAAACCUCAAGAUCCAAAAACCCUAAUCUCUAGCAACAACAGGAUCAGAUAUGAAUCUAGGCUCCACGCUAGCCCUAAGGGGUUUCAGCCUUCUAAAAACUCUGAAAAGCCUGGUAAGUCAAACCCCGACCCGGAAGACGACCCGCCGAUACCUCAAGAAGUGUUCGAGAGGAUGAUGGGGAGGAUCGUGGUGUCUGUGGGGACACCACUGGGAUUGGGAGUGGCAGUAUUGAAACUAUUUGAUAUUUUGAAGGAUAAAAACGUCUGGGACGUGCCUUUGUGGGUUCCAUUUUUUACCACGCUCGUGACCUUUGGUGCGUCUGCUCUUGGGAUCGCAUAUGGGAGCUUGUCCACAAACCUAGAUCCCACCAAGACUAACUCUCUUUUCGGACUCGAAGAGGCAAAGGAGAACUGGGUAGAGAUGUGGAAAGAAGAUCAGUAAUGUUGAUGUUUUUGCCUCUUGGCACUUGUGAGUACAUAAAUUAAUCUGUAUCCGUCAGUUUUUGUUUGAUAUUUUUGUUCAGAUUAUAAUCAAAUCUAGAUUCUUAGAGUCA